AUGAAGUUUCGGGAGCCGCUCCUGGGCGGCAGCGCCGCGAUGCCGGGCGCGUCCCUGCAGCGGGCCUGUCGCCUCCUCGUGGCUGUCUGCGCGCUGCAUCUUGGCGUCACCCUUGUCUAUUACCUGGCCGGCCGAGACCUAAGACGCCUGCCUCAGCUGGUCGGAGUCCCCACACCGCUUCAGAGCAGCUCUCACGGCGCCGCCGCCAUCGGGCAGCCCUCCGGGGAGCUCCGGCUGCGAGGGGCCGCAGCGCCGCCGCCUUUGCAGAACUCUUCCAAGCCGCGCUCGCGGGCCGCCUCCAACCCAGACGCGGACUCUCGCCCCGGCCCUGGCCCGGGCCCCGGGAGCAACUUGACUUCGGUCCCGGUGCCCUCCACCACAACACUGUCGCUGACCGAAUGCCCUGAGGAGUCCCCGCUUCUCGUCGGCCCCAUGCUGAUUGAGUUUAACAUACCUGUGGACUUGAAGCUUGUGGAGCAGCAGAACCCGAAGGUGAAGCUGGGUGGUCGCUACUCCCCCACGGACUGCAUCUCUCCUCACAAGGUGGCCAUCAUCAUUCCAUUCCGCAACCGGCAGGAACACCUCAAGUACUGGCUAUAUUACUUGCACCCAAUCCUACAGCGUCAGCAGUUAGACUAUGGCAUCUAUGUUAUCAACCAGGCUGGAGAGUCCAUGUUCAACCGUGCGAAGCUCCUCAACGUCGGCUUUAAAGAGGCCUUGGAGGACUAUGACUACAACUGCUUUGUGUUUAGUGACGUGGACCUCAUCCCAAUGAAUGACCAUAACACCUACAGGUGCUUUUCACAGCCACGGCACAUUUCUGUAGCAAUGGAUAAGUUUGGAUUUAGCCUACCUUAUGUGCAGUAUUUUGGAGGUGUCUCUGCUCUAAGUAAACAACAGUUUCUCAGCAUCAAUGGAUUUCCUAAUAACUACUGGGGCUGGGGAGGUGAAGAUGAUGACAUUUAUAACAGAUUAGCUUUUAGAGGCAUGUCUGUGUCUCGCCCAAAUGCUGUGGUCGGAAAGUGUCGGAUGAUCCGCCACUCGAGAGACAAGAAAAAUGAACCUAAUCCUCAGAGGUUUGACCGAAUUGCACAUACAAAGGAGACGAUGCUCUCUGAUGGUCUGAACUCACUCACCUACACGGUGUUAGAGGUCCAGAGGUACCCGUUGUAUACCAAAAUCACAGUGGACAUCGGGACACCGAGCUAG